AUGUCAGGAAACAAUUACUCGAUUCCUCCUGGAUCCCUAAUCCUGGUUACCGGUGCGAAUGGGUAUAUUGCCUCUCACACCAUCGACAUCUUGCUGAAGGAGGGGUACAAGGUCCGAGGUACCGUGAGAGGGCCUAAGCCGUGGCUAAACAGCUACUUCGACGACAAAUAUGGAAAAGGUCGAUUUGAAUCUGUCCUGAUACCGACGUUGGAUGAUUCGGGCACCUGGCUUCGUGUGAUGGAGAAUGUCUCCGGAAUUUUGCACCUGGCAUCGGACUUGUCCUUUGGUUCCGACCCCCAUUCCGUGAUCCCUUGGGUCAAGCGCGCAACUUUGACUCUCCUGGAAGCGGCAGCGAGCCAGCAGUCUGUGAAGCGAGUUGUUCUCACUUCGUCAUCAGCUGCUGCGCUCAUUCCAAUUCCUAACGAGACUGGGAUCCGAGUGGACGAAAAUACGUGGAAUGAAGUUUCCAUCAAGGCGGCUUGGGCAGAAUCAACUGCCGCCCAAGAUAAAGGUUACCAUGUAUAUGCAGCCUCAAAAGCAGAACAGGAGCGAGCCGCAUGGAGAUGGGUGGAAGAGCACAAGCCGGGGUUUGUAUUCAAUGUCGUGGUGCCGAAUACCAAUUACGGGAGAAUCCUUCUUCCUGAAAUCGGAGGAUCCACUAUGGCCUGGUUGUGGGGACUUCUCAAGGGGGAUGAUAGUCUGAUAAGCAGAUUCCCUCCCCAGAACCUCUUCUUGACAGAAUGGUUUGUCAAUGUGGAGGACACAGCUCGUCUUCAUGUGGUCGCUCUGCUAAGUCCAGCUGUCAAGGGGGAAAGAAUAUUUGCCUUUGCCUCUGCCUUCAACUGGACGGAUAUCAUCAACAUUUUGAAAAAGCUGAGGCCCAACAACCACUUGAUUCCGGAGCCGCCAGCGAAUGAAGGGCGUGACUUAAGUGACAUUGUUCUGUCCCGCCGAGCGGAAGACUUAUUGCGGGAAUUUUUCGGACAGCCAGGCUGGAUUGGUCUAGAGAGGAGUAUUGCUGAGGGGAUUGAAGGCAUUGAAUGA